GCUCCCUGUCGUAAAAAGCAUCUGACUUUACGACAGUCUGUAUCUUUUCAUGACAGACAAGAUGGCGUCCGGCAGCGGGUCCAGUAAGAACGAGAAUAAGAACGACUUCCGCAGGAAGUGGGACAAAGACGAGUAUGAGACCCUGGCUCAGAAGCGUCUGUCGGAGGAGAGAGACCGCGAGAGGAGGGAUGGGAAGCUGCCCCCCCCCGUUAAGCGGGACAUGCUACGGCACAGAGACUAUAAGGUGGACCUGGAGUCCAAACUGGGGAAGACCAUCGUCAUCACAAAGACCACCCCCCAGGCCGAGAUGGGGGGGUAUUACUGCAACGUGUGUGACUGUGUGGUCAAAGACUCCAUCAACUUCCUGGACCACAUCAACGGCAAGAAACAUCAGAGGAACCUGGGCAUGUCGAUGCGGGUCGAGCGCUCGUCUCUGGAUCAGGUGAAGAAGCGCUUCGAGGCCAACAAGAAGAAGAUGGAGGAGAAACAGAAGGAGUACGACUUUGAGGAGCGGAUGAAGGAGCUCAGGGAAGAGGAGGAGAAGGCGAAGGCGUAUAAGAAGGAGAAGCAGAAGGAGAGGAAGCGCCGGGCGGAGGACGACGGGGAUCUGGAGGAAGACGACGAGAUGGCGGCGGUGAUGGGGUUUUCCGGCUUCGGCUCCUCCAAGAAGACCCACUGAACAUCCCGUCAGGCUCUUAUUUUGGUAGUGCAGCUUCCUGAUGGAGAGGAAGUGAAGGCGAGACAAAUAAUGGACCAAAAAAUAAAAGUGCGACACUUUCAGGGUCUCGCAGACAAAUCCGUAUUUGUCAGCUUCAAGAUGAGCUGCUCUUCAGGGGUCAGGCUGUCGUUGGUGAAAUGUAAAUAAAGUAGAUUCAAAGUGUUACAGGAAGUCCAACAGGUUAUUUAAGAGCUGGAUAUUAUUGCCUGCAGAUUGAACCGUUUAUCUUCAUGUUUUUAUUUCAUCAUGUUUCGUUUCUCGGGGAAAUUUUAAUAAAUACGUUUUUUUUCCUA